AUGUCACUCUCAAAGUGGCCACUUGUGCUCAUCUCUCAUCGCCCGUGCUCAUCUGUCACCCUGGAUCCGCUAGUGGUAGGAAUACAGUCUCCACCAUAUGGAAGUGUAUUCAAAUACUUUUCUAUUCAAGUUUCCCAUUCUCCUCCUUAUAUUUCAAUAGGUUGGGUUUUUUCAUUCCCCGAUUCUCCAACAAUGGCUGUCCUAGGAUUGCGCUUUAUUGUGCUUAUAUUUUUUAUCAGCUUUGUUCAAUGUCGAAUGCUAAGACUCAAUUCUUCCGAUGAUUUGAUUUCAGAUGGAAUUGAUCAUCUUGACAAGCAAUCUUCUUUUCAUAGUGCAAAUGUUUCUAUUGCCUCUGCAAAGACUUGCCAGCACCAAUAUGGCUUCCUACCCUGUGCAGAAAAUGCCGGAGGCUACAUUUUUGAAAUAGUGAUCUAUCAAGGUCUACUUAGUUUUGGAGAAAAACAGCUGAGCACAGGGACAAAGUUCCUAUUUAAUAUUCUUGGUACUGGCAGAACUGUGGGCAUUAUUUUCCGAUUCCUGGUGGGAUUACCAGCAAUGUUGAUGAUGAUUGUAUCUGGAAUUCUCAGUAGCAAAGACGAUGCUCAAUCUACAGUGUCACUUGGAGUUGGUAUUUAUGCUGGAAUCACUGUCUUUACUCUUACGCUGCAGUGGGGUAUAUGCUUAAUUUUUGGCAGGAGAAAGUCGCAAAAGGAGUCGAUAUCUGGUCAUACUGAAGAAGCUUCAACUACGUCAACUUAUACCGGUGUUAAAAUCGACAAAGAGACUCGUUAUACAGCUGGGAUUAUGCUUCUGUCUUUGAUUCCUUACAUUAUAGUGCAACUAGCCGAUAUCUUCAAAACAAUGUUUGGAAGCCACGUAGUUAUUUUGAUAGCACUCAUUGUAUCAUCCGCAUCGCUGCUGUUAUAUUUUGCCUACCAGGUUAUGAAUCCUUGGAUUCAUCAAAGAAGCUUAGACUAUUCAAAGUAUGAGCUACUAAGAACAGGUUUUCUGCAGCACAUGCAACAACAUGGAGAGCUCAUCGAUGAAGAUGGAAAACUCAACCUUCCUGUCAUCAGAAAUUUAUUUUCUGAAACAGAUAAAGAUGCAAACAAAUCUAUUACGAAGGGAGAAAUGGAAAGGUUGAUGCUUGAAAUGAUCAAGACAGGGGAAGUGAAUGUUGACAAACAAUUUGCUGUUACUGAAGUGAUGAAAGUAUUUGAUUCUAACCAUGAUGAGAAAAUCAACUAUCAAGAAUUCGUCAAUGGUUGCACAAAAUGGAUAACUGAAACCAAACGGUUGACCAAAAGUGGCAAUUCAUUUUCAAGAGAGAUUACUCGCGAGCUCAUUAGUCAGAAGAAUGAAAAUAAUCCAGAGGAGAUUGAUAGAGUAAUGUCGAAAAUUUUAAUGCAUGCUGAAACCAGAUUACUUCAAGCAGAAUCACUCAUGACAGAGGAUGGAAACCCGAAUAUAGAUGGAAUAAAGAAUAUAUUCAAGCAAUUUGACUUGGACAAUAACAACGUGCUAUCAAAACCUGAACUAGAGCAAUUAAUCCGUACAGUCAAAUUCGGAGAAUUUCAGCCGAAUUAUGAGGAUGUCGUAAAGGAGUUGUUUAACGACUUUGAUAAAGAUGGCAAUAACACAAUUAAUGAACCAGAAUUCGUCGAUGGACUAAAAAAAUGGGUUGAUAAAGCCAUCCAUGCUGCUAAUUCCUCGGACAAGGCAAACAUUAUUGAUGAAUAUGACAAGGUAAGUAUUACAGAUCCUAUCCAUGAAACUUUUAUUCUUCAGGCGGUUCCCUUUUUCCAAUUACAAAAUCAUGUCUUUCCUUUUUUAACCUUUGAAAUGCAGAUUGUGGAGAAAAAAAUUGUACAUGGAAAGUCAUUAGUAUGGACUAUUAUCAAAUCUGUAUUACAAGUGUUGCUGGGUAUUGUUAUAUUGACCUGCACAGGAGGACCUCUCAUUGUCAGUAUCCUACAGUUAUCGAAUUCCAUGAAUGUACCUUCUUUCGGCAUCUCGUUUGUGAUAGUGCCGUUAGCCAUGAAUGCACGAGCGGCAAUAGCAGCAAUCUCAACGGCCAGUCACAAGAGUGAAAGGGCUGUUUCUUUAACAUUUUCCGAGAUUUAUGGUGGAGUUGUAAUGAGUAACAUCUCAAAUUUGACAACACUGUUAGCAAUUGUGUAUGCGAAGGAUUUGACCUGGAAUUAUUCAGCUGAAGUUCUAACAGUUUUGGUCGUUUGCGCAAUAGUAGGGAUUCUGGCAUACUCGUGCACAACUUAUCCUCUUUGGACUUGCUUAUUAGUGUUUUUCCUCUAUCCAUUCUCCUUCGGUUUGCUUUAUUAUGCUCAAUUUGUUUUGCAUUGGAAUUAACCCACUUACUUUAUUUGGGUUUCUUCCCUCUCCGUCAAAAUAAACAUGUUCAUUGGCAAGCCUCUAUUACUAUUGUAAGGUGAAAAAAAAAUGACAAAGGAACACAAGAAUGAAUUUCUCAAUUUGGAGAAAUUCAAUGUCUUUGAUUCAA